GGUCUAAAAAUGAGACGUCUUCUUUUCUCUCUGCAGCUGAAUUCUCGCUGCCAGGAUGGGGAAACAGAACAGCAAGCUUCGCCCAGAGGUCAUGCAGGAUUUGCUGGAAAGCACAGACUUUACAGAGCACGAGAUCCAGGAAUGGUAUAAAGGCUUCUUGAGAGACUGCCCCAGUGGACAUUUGUCAAUGGAAGAGUUUAAGAAAAUUUACGGGAACUUUUUCCCUUACGGGGAUGCUUCCAAAUUUGCAGAGCACGUCUUCCGCACCUUCGAUGCCAAUGGAGAUGGGACGAUAGACUUUAGAGAAUUCAUCAUAGCCCUGAGCGUGACAUCGAGGGGGAAGCUGGAGCAGAAGCUGAAAUGGGCCUUCAGCAUGUAUGACCUGGAUGGAAAUGGCUACAUCAGCAAGGCAGAAAUGCUAGAGAUUGUGCAGGCAAUCUAUAAGAUGGUUUCCUCUGUAAUGAAAAUGCCUGAAGAUGAGUCAACCCCAGAGAAAAGGACAGAAAAGAUCUUCCGCCAGAUGGACACCAACAGAGAUGGAAAACUGUCCCUGGAGGAGUUCAUCCGAGGGGCCAAGAGCGACCCGUCCAUAGUGCGCCUCCUGCAGUGUGACCCCAGCAGCGCGGGCCAGUUCUGAGCCCCGCGCCCCACGGAUCGUAGAGCUGCUUGCGUCCCCUUUCCACCUUUUCGUUUUAACAAUUUUUUUUUUUUUUUUUGCCGAUCAAUAUUGAUGGUGACGCUGUCCCCCCCCCCGCCCCCGUGCGGUCAGACGCACCUUCCUCCGUGACGCCUUCGGCUUCCUUUGUCCGGGGGAUGCCCAGAGCCCCAACGCGCUUGUGGAGAGCAUGGACGCGCUGUCAUGCAGACUUUGUGAUGUUCCUUGUUCCUUGAGUUUCCAUCGUUCUUACUGUUGUUUUUCUUCUGAUUCCAAUGUCUCUGUUCUCAAACCGAAGACUCGGGGAGGCAAGAGAAGGGAAAGCAAGCCAGUCCCGGGAUUCUGUGGCCAGCUUCCAGGGGCCUGUUUGAAAAACAAAACUCCCCAGCUGGGUCUGGAGCCACACGGGCAGCCCCCGGGGUGAUGGCGCCUGGUGCUGGCUUCCCAAGGACAAGGGACCCUGUGGGGCCAGGCUGUGAAAGCGCCUGGAGGCCUCCACUCCCCCCUCUUCCCCAGCGGGCUGUAGUGUCUAAGCUGUGAACAUUUCAAGGUAAAUUCAUAGAGAAGAGGAAAAGAUGGCUCAGCUGUUUCUUCACACGUUUACACUAGUUGAGCUAAGCUGAGUUUCUUUGGAAAUUAAACACAAAUGGUAACUUAUAUAACAAAACCAGACCCAUCUUGUUGCCUAUUGUGAUUAAAAAAAAAAAGAGUGCUGUAUAUAAAAUAUUGGGUAUUGCAGACCAAAUUAAGUGUUUUGCCUUGUUUAAAUGAAAUGCAUGUUUAGUGAGCACUAAUACAAUCUUAUUAUAGAAGACUGUUUUUAGUAGCUUAAUGUGAAGUAAGCCAACUAUAAUGAAUGUCUAUGUCUUGUUUUAAAGUUGUAUCUGUCUUUGCACAAAUGCACCAAUCAACAGGUAUAUUUUAUAUAUUCCAGAGAAGUACAAAGUCACCAUGACUAGGGCGCAACCUUAAUUCUGAAUGCAUUUCCAGAGUGGUAGUGCCUGCAGAACAGAAGUAGGGCAGGUUUAAGUGGGACAUGUCCAUUGGAGCACCAGCGGCUCGAUGGUAUUAGAUUGGAGGUACGGUGUUUUUCUGAGUAGAUUAAUAUUCUGUCGACCCGAAACACACACACACACACACACACACACACACAUACAAAUUCUUGAGACUUCCCUUUGGUUUGAUCCACAUUAUGGUUAGGGAGCUGUAUCUGCAAUGUUGACCUUUUCAUGCCCCUGGUGGCCCUUCAAAGAGUCCAAGAUUGGGCAGUGAGCUGACUCAUUGUGAAGAAGGGAUGGCCAAGGGCGUCUGUGCUUUCCAGGGCCCACUGUGGGGAAUCCAAAAGUAUUUUGCAUCAUCAUGUUCUUUGAAUGCCAAUUUCUGUUUUCAAAAGUGACAGUGCAAAUUUGAGUCACUCUUUGGUCUGGUGACCUCACACACACUAAUUGGAAUUGCAAGUUAAGAGUAAAAAUUGCUGAUCACAAGUAAGUCAGUCAUAUUUUCACAAGUAGUAGGCCUGGGGAAGUCCAAACACUCAAGGACAUAGAUGGGGAGGAUCUGCUCCGGGAGGAGGCAGAGAGGUCCCGAGUGGGUUUAUCUGCAGCCAAACUACUUUCUGUAGACCAUGACCCACAGAAAGACAAACAGAACUAUGAGGAAGAUGAUGCUGAGCCCAUUCUAACUCCAGAUUCUUCUGUAUUACUUGAGUCCCUUUUAACUGGUAGCAAAAAUCUGAAUUUGUAUGGUUGACCAAAAUGAACUAACUUUGCAGGAUGAAAUUAGGAGACCUAGACAUGGUAAAAUCAUCUUCAUCUUCCUCUGAGUGUCCAUUCCUCACAGUGGGUCUAUCCUGAGACUUGCCAAAUUCCUUCUCUGGGCCAAGUGGUAAGAUCUGGGUUUGAAAACUAGGGAAUUAAACUAAGAGGCGGAGGGCACAGUGAGUGAUGUUCAGGAGGUGCAUCCCACUGCUCUGGACUGAUGACCUAAUUCCCCCUUUCAGUUCCCCUUAGAAGGGGAGUCAGUUAAUGUUUGGGCAAGCCCGCCUAAGCUCUACCCUCAGUCAGGACAUCUUGAUGAGCCAGACUCACCCAGUUCCCUAGAACUGAGAGCUGGAGUGAGGAGCAAGGAAGAGGGGCUCCAGAUGUUUAGGAGAGAAAACAGAGCCAGACGCCUGGCUAAUGAAUGCUGACAUGCCUGGGAUGUAUGCAAAUAGUCUUGUCCUGGCCUGCCAUUGACCCUGUCUGUAUUUUCUUGAUGGUUGUUUUUUCCUUCUACUCCUUUCCAGGAAGGGCUUUGUAUGUCUAAUCCAGUGCACUUAAAUUUGGCCAAGGGACUCUGCAGCACUUAGAAGGCUGAAUGACUAAAGGUUUAGGUCAUUCCUUUGAUGGGCUGUUCAUUGUCAUUGCUGUGAUGCGGGACCUCUGGAAGUGGAGUCUGUUCUGUCUGAAAUCAAGCCAGUCUGUGAUGUUCAAGGGACUGGAAUAAAGUGGCUUAUGACUUGAAGGAG